GGUCAAGCGGAAGCACGCGGAGCCGCCGCGGCGCUCGGAGAAGCCGAGCCGCCGGUGAUGGAGAAUCGCUGGGGGAUCCCGCCCAAUGCGCCCGCCUGUAUGGAGAGGCACCUGGACGCGCUUCACUACCGGAAAGAUGGAGCCCUGUUACUUGGAGCAUCUACAUUAUCUGGGCGCAGUUGGUUGGGCUCUGUUUGGUUGUUCAAAGACCCACUCAAGGCCCCAAAUGAAGGAUUCUGCACGGUUGGUGUCCAGACACAGGCAGGGGUGGUGGAUACAUGCUGGGUAUCUGGCAGAGAAAUCCUUGUAGCAUCUGAUUCUGGUGCUGUAGAAUUGUGGGAGGUGGCUGAGAGUGAGACCGUGAUGGUGAGCAAGUUCUGUAAAUAUGAGCACGAUGACAUUGUUACUAAAGUGAGCGUACUGCCUGGUGAAACACAGGCGGUUAGCAGCAGUCUAGAUUGCAGUGUGAAGAUUUGGGACCUAGAACAGAGUACCGUGUUGAUCUCUUAUCAAGCUCAUUCAGGGCCUGUGAUGUGUGUAUCUGCCUGCCCAAGCAAUGAGAAUCUCUUCCUCUCUUGUGCUCAGGACAGGAGACUUUUACUAUGGGACAGAAGAAAUUCCAAACCAGCAUUGCGGAUUGAAAUGGGAAUAUUGCGCUGUUCUCCAACCACUGUUACAUGGCAUCCACAGAAAGAACAAGUCUUUGCUUUUGGAACUGAAAAUGGAAUUGUUGGUGUAAAAAACUUACAGAAACAGGCUGAUUCCAUUCAGACAUCAGCAGUACAUUCGCGGACUGUUUCUGGGCUACAGUUUUCCUCUCACAGCUCUCCCCUUUUGGCUUCAGUCAGUGAGGACUGUUCGCUGGCUGUUGUUGACAUCAACCUCUCAGAAGUGUUUAGGAAUAAAUCACACAAGGACUUUGUUCGUAGUGUAUGCUGGUCACCUCUGAAUUCUGAUCUGCUCAGCACUGCAGGAUGGGACCACCAGGUUCUACAUCAUACAAUCAGUUUAGAUAAGGAUGUAGACACGGCAUGAGGAGAAGAUGAUGAUGCAAUAUUAAAAAUCCUUCUUUUGUACCUUUUCUAUAACCAUGUUACAUCUUUGAAACUGUGCUCUGAGGAGGAGUAAUUACACAGGUGUAUUGUUGGGAAACCCAAACGCCAAAGUAGUGGUAGAGAAAAGAUGUGGAGGCGGGGGGGGUGGCGGGAUGGGAUCUGUGAGGAAAUCGUUCAUAACACUCCAAAUUUCUGUUUGUAACAGUUACUAACCUCACUAAGAUCUCUACCCCUGCCCCAUCAAUUCUAAGAACGUGUACACCCACCUAGUUCUGCUCUGUGAGAGCAGUGUAUGAGUAAGAUAAUGAUGUUUUAUCUUUUGUGUGGGCUUGUAGAAAAGAGAAUAAAUGUUCAUUAGAAUGUCAUGUAUUAGAACUGAGUAGCCAACUGGACUUCUGAUAUUCAUAAUUCAGUGGCUUGAGAGAUAUUUUGGUAGCCUGGAGCUACUGGAUUACUGUGAAUUUUGAUCCCUGCUACUGUGUUUCACAUUAUAUUUAGGAUGAGGAAGAAAAGGAUUAAAAAGAAACUUUUAAAAGCGA